GGACACAACAGAAAAAGGCAAGAUGAUUAACUUCAUACUUAUCAUAUUCUUGAUGAUGAAAUCAAGUUUUGUCAUGCCAUCGGAUAUUGCAAAUGAAGAUCAGCGGUCCUCACUUAUCAUCACAAGCGAUGACCACAAGCUUGUUGGCCAAACCAUCCACAAAAGGAAAGCUACUGAUAUCUUUGAUUGUGCUCUCUGCCUGAUUGGUGACCAGUCAUUUAACUUCAAUGAAGCAACUGGAGACUGUUAUUUGAACGGAAGAAGGGCAAAAGAUAAGGAACUUGUGAAAGAGUAUGGUUACAUCUAUGGAGAGAAGAAUCCCUGCGAGACAAAACCGUGUCAAAAUGGCGGCGAGUGCAGCAUUCGAGACGACAGAGAAGGCUAUCAAUGCAAGUGUAGGACCGGAUUCAUAGGAAAGAAUUGUGGUGCCAAGAAGUGCGAUGGCCUCAUACCAGUUGGAAUGGAGAGCGGAAAGAUUCCCGACUCAAGCAUGACAGCCUCUUCAUUUUCCGAUAGUAUCUGUGAAGAAACUAAAUGCUAUCCAUAUAAAGGAAGAAUCAACAGUGACGCUGCCUGGGCUCCAUACGAUUAUAACGUCGGUGAAUAUCUGCAGGUCGACCUUGGUAAUACUACCACGAUGACUGGCAUUGCCACCCAAGGUUWUAUGSUUGGGCMAUKGCAAGUAUAUGUCACAAGCUAUAAAGUACAAUAUGACACCAAAGUUAUUACCCCAGCAUCUCCCUUUGCUGAAGCAGGCAAGAAGUUUACGGGCAACAGUGAUAAUAACAGUAUUGUGAAGCACACUUUCAAUCCAUCUUUUGUUGCCAGAUUUGUCAGGGUUCUCCCGCAAACAUGGAAUGGUAAGAUGGCACUCAGAAUAGAACUGUACGCCGGCUGCUAAGUAAACCGUUGUUCAAUGGUCAGUUCCUGUUUCAAACUGGUCGAUGUCUUGCAUUUGUUUUUUGUUUUUUUUCCGCACAAUAAUAAGUUAUUGUCUGUACUUUUCGUUAGGUUUUUGUUGCUUUUUUAAUAUUUUAUAGUUGUUUUUAACUUUCAUCUUACCUAAAAAUUACUAAUUAUUUGCUUUUAAUAUUAAUAAUGACCACAUUCAGUAGAUUAUAUGAACGAUUGCACAAUUUCAAACAAUAAAAUGAU